AUGGAGACGGCGAGUUUAUAUUCCAGAGAGUUAGAGGGUGGAGGGGGCUCGGAUAGGGCAAUACGCCUGGCCCUCCGCCCCUCCGCCCCGUGUCGCAGGUGAGGGCUACCGCAGAGUUAUGUCCGUGAGUCCGUAGGGAGUGAGGAAGUGUGGGGAAAGUAAAAGGUCUGGGGCGGAAGUGGGCUUGGUGGGCCGAGACGUAGGUGAGCUAAGCACUGGGGAGCAACUAUGGGGAGGGAUAAUGGGCAAUAGGUUACAUUUGGGGCUAUAAACAACUACCUGACAUUCAGAAGACAUCUGAAGGCAGCCCUAUUCAGGGAAGUUUUUAAUGUGUGACAUUUUAAUGUAUUUUUAAUCUUUGUUGGAAGCCGCCCAGAGUGGCUGGGGAAACCCAGCCAGAUGGGCGGGGUACAAAUUAAUAAUAAUGAUAAUAAUAAUAACAACAACAACAAUAAUAACGAUUAACGGGAAUUAGUGUGACUCUCGAGGUUAAUGUGAGGGGAUGGGUUUGGUAUAUGGGGAGCAAGAAAAAUUAUAUGCUCUUAUUCUCUGGUGGCUCACGUGGGAGAAAGGUGAGUGCAAGUAACAUGAUUUGUAGACAGUAGUGCAACUCAGGGGGAAAGUACAGAGCACCACAAAAAUGGGGUGCCUCAAAUGGCAAUCUAGAGAGUGUCAGGUGAUGGAAUCAGGAACAAACGACCUGUGGCAGCACCUGGGCUGACAUGGGCAUGUUGUGGUCUGUUGGCGCUGAUGGUAGUCACAGCGGCAUCCUUAUUUUCUACAACAGUUUUAGUCAGAGGGUGGUUAGCCAGGCAUGUACAUGGGACUCGAUUCUAUUUUUUACUUUUACUUUCAUCCUUGGUGAUCACCUCCCCCCAAUAAAUGUGUUUAACAUCAGGGCAGCUGAAGCAAAUUCCAUUGUAUUUCUGUAAUGCUAGUGCUAUGACUUAAGUGAGUUUAGAAUGUGAAACUGUACAUGCUCAGAGUAUUUCACAACCAUUUAUCUAUUGUGCUAAUGUAUCAGGAACGUAGGAGCAGUUAUAAAACAUGGGAAUGGCUUACCUUACAACUGACAACUGACGAAUGUAAUAUGUAGUGGCUGUCUAAUGGGAGAGGGGUGUAAAACCAUGGAUGUGGCCAGGAUUUUAAUUGGUGAGGGACAAAGUUGUUGAACUUUUCUUGGGAAAUCAUGGGUAAAAAUACCUCAUAAAUAGGACAUUGUGGGGGGCCAGGCUUCUGUUGGGGGGGGGCAGAACCUCAGAUAAUUGAAUACUUUCAAUGCUUUUCAAUAAUAUUUGUGAAUCUUGGGAGGGCAGCAGCCCAUGUGUAAAACCAUUAAGUUCAGUGUCUAAAAUUACCUAGGUGCACCACUGCAUGUUGCACCGAGUAGUUGUGAUGUGGAGCUUCUACUCACUGUCUCAUUGGCACAAUCUUUCCCCCCCUUUAAAGCCUCAUUUAUCGUGGAAUCGGAUACAGCACCCAUGUUGCCCUUGCCUGGUGCAUCUGGGGAAUCCUUGCAGUCUGUACCAUCACUCUGGACAAUGGUAGAGGAACAAUUGGCACCCAGUGAGAGGCUUGAGGCGAAAGCUAUCUUGGGUCAUGGCCUUGUGGAACGGAGCUUGGAACUUCAUGCUGAGGUUAAGUACCGAAAUACUGGAUCUCCUAUUCAAAAUGAUUCACAAAAGAGCAGAACAAACAAACCACCCCUCUUACUACACAAUUUAGAAGUGGCUGGUGACAAAGGGAUAUCUGAAUAAAGCAUCAAAUCUAGGUCUCAUCAGCUAAAGAGGCAGCACUAAUUUUGUAAGGGGAUUUGACUGAUGAAAGGGCCCGCCUUUCAUGUCUAUAGAUUGAGUGGAGUGGACUGAGUGCUAAAAUUGAGUGAAGCUAAGGGAGGGCUUAUAAAUUGUAUUAAGCCCUCUUCCACUGAGCACUGGGCACUAGUUUUGGCAUACAUGCAUUUUCAUAUAGAGUAGCAUUCAUGUGUAUGAUGUAUCAUGUGUAUUCAUGUGUAUGGAGAAAACCUCUGGUUUGCCACUUACAUCUGCUUUGAGUGCUGUUUAAUUUCAGUGAAAGGAAAGCAUAUCUGAGAAGGCGAGUCAAGGAGGAGAUAAAAUGUUUCAACCACCCCCUCCCUGUUUGACAAGGUCCCCAUUUGCCAGCUCCCAGCUCAGCUGGUUCCUAAUGCUUGGCCAGAGCCCCUAAUCCAUGCUAUUCCAGGCCCUUUGUUCUCCUCCAGCCAUUCAUGCCCUUUCUUUAUUCAGCAUGGUCCUGACUGCAGCUGAGAAGAACAGUAAACAUCCCAGAGGCUUUUCACAUGGUAAUUGCCUUACCUCCUCCUGAAACCAGAAGAGCAAGCACAGCACACCCUGACAAGAUGGCACCUUUUUCUCUCUAUCACUUCAUGUUAGAGCUUUGCUUGAGAUCCACCCCCCCAACUUUCUGACCAGUGACCCCCUCCCCAGCCUUUAUGGGGUCUCUCACCUGGCUGUCUAUUACCUCUUCAUCACAAGCCUGAUAAAUGUAGCCCAGGUACUGCCUGUCUCCCUGCUGUGUUCUUGUAUGUGUCUCUGCUCCCCUCCCCAACUGGAUAUCUGAGAGGCCGCCCAGGGAAGCAGCUGUACCAUAACGUUCCUCUUGUGGAUGUGUGGGGCCAGAAAGGGAGUUCUGGCGCUCGCUUGCCUUACAAAUAUCCUGCAGAUAUUUUUGCGGCAUGACCUUGACUUUCCUCAUGGGGGGAGGGAGAGAAUGAUUGUGGGUGGGCUGUCUGCAGCUUUGCACCUUUUAUGGAGUGUACAGACAGCAACAAUGCAGUGCCCUCUUGCCAACUGCAUUGGAACGACAGUGUCCUGGCUGGUGUUCUUAUCUUCUGCAGACAACUUUGCCCACUUUCUGCAAAAGAGUUGUUUUUUAAAAACCUAAAAACUUCACUCUUAAGCCUAAAAUACUCUUCACAUAAACUAAUAGCCUCAUAGUCUGUUCCCAGUCUUUGGGCAGAUGCAACGUUUUACUGAAUUCAGUGUGCUCUCACACACAUUUAUCACAUUUGAGGCAUCUUUUAUUCCCUUGAUGGAUGACAUACUUCCGAAAAGUUGUUAGUUCCCUGACUGUGGCCUUUAUGAAAUGUAAUUGUCUACCAUCAGGUGAGUAACUAACCCAUAGCUAGGUAUUGGUUUUCUUUUCUUGCAGGCAGGCACCUGGCUUGAUUUCCAGGUGUGCAGAAUACCAAUACUGGAAAUGGGAGUGCAACUUGUAUUUUUAGGUUGUGUCAGUGCUUCAUCAUUUGGGGAGGUGGAGGGUGGGGGAAAGAUUACUUUGAGAAAGUUACUGCAGUUUGUGUCAAUGUGCACAUGUGUGAAUUUCUGCAUGUGGCAAUGCACUGUCCCUAAUGCAGUCCAACCCCUUCCCUAUUUACAGGUGCGGACCCUGUUGGAAUUACAUCAGGAGUUGCAGUCAGGCCGCCUUGGAGUGAAGCAAAGCCCACUGCAAGCGGAUGACAGCUGGGCCUUGCUGGCAGCUCCCCCCAACCUCAAGGAGCUGGUGAGGGAGGAGAUCCGCCUUCUUCUAAUUGGCCUACAGCAGAAGGCAUCGCAGGAGGGCAGGUACUGGAGAUUAAAAGAGAAGGGACUUGAGAGAAUUAAGGGCUGAGUUGAGGGGGAGCAGGUAGAAGGGAUAGAAGAAAAGCAAGCAGAAUAUCUUAAGACCUGAAGCCUAUUUGAUAUAAGAAUGAGCCCAUUAGUUUCCAACUGAUGUGGCUGGUGGUAUUUAUGUGUGUGGAAUGGGUGAGUUUUAUAUCAUCUUUUGGCCAAAGCAGUCUGGAUUGAGGAAGCCAUAACUAUUUGUUAUGAGAGGCUUAGAGUUUCAUGGGACAAAUCAGUUAGGAGGCUAGACAAUAACUUGAUUGUCUCUCUUAACAAGAACAGGAUGGGGGAAACCUCUGAUUCCACUCAGAUAUAAAUAAGUCCAGUGCCACCUAGUGACUAAACUAUAUAUUUACACUAGUGACACAGUAUUCUUUCUCCCUUUGCCUUCUAAGGGUGACUGUUCCAGAAAUGCUUACUAGGAAAUAUCCGCUCCAAUGCAAUUUAAUUGGCAGUUCCAGUAUAGUUUCCACAUGAUUGCCACUCAGAUGGCCAAUGUCCAGCAAAAAUAACCUGUGCCAAACCUAUGUUUGCACCAUACACCUCCAUCUGUAACUUGCGCUCCCCAUUCAAGUGCAGCUUGUCAGUUUGUGUGUCUCUCUAGUCUUUUUUAUCUGUAGAAUUAAUUCCAGCCUUACAUUCCCAUUCUUUGAGUCUCAAUCAUAUAGCCUUUGUCAUUCCCACUUAGCUCCCUUACAUCAUGCAGGAAUCACAUUGCUGAGCGCCUCUAUCAAGAAUGCCAGUCCUGCUAGUGCGUUUGUUUUUUAUGGUGUGUUCAGUCCAUAGCCUGAGGCUGGGAUUAUGUCCCACCUCCAGGUUCAAAGUGAGCAUUCAUCUGAGUGAGCACUGGGAUCAGCACCUGCUGGAACCCUUGCCUGAGGAUUUGCUCCCUGCCUUAGCCCUGUGUAACCAAUGAAUAGCUCAGUGAAGGCACGGAUUAGAACAGGCUGGCUAGUAAGGGAUGAGCUCUCAAACACCUCAUGCUGGAGUUGUUCGUACCAUGUUGCCGUAUAGGAGAAUCCCUUCACACCCUUCAAACCUUUCUACUAUCUCUCAGUCACAACCUGAAAUUCUGCAUUUGUUUACUUUCAAAUAGUUCCCCUCUUGUUGAAUUUCCCUACAUUGACAUGAGCACAGGCCAUGGCUCCCUGUGUGCUGCCUAGAACUGGGUGGUCCAAUGAAUGACCUGAGGGCUGCAUGUAGCCCUCAAGGCCUGUUUUGUUGGCCCUGGGCAACAUUUGACACCCUCCCCAGCCCUCAUGCUGCCUUCCCAAAGCCAGAUAAGCAAGGUACUAGGCUUAGCAAAGGAGGUGUAAAGGCUCUGGCAGGGUCCUAGAGUCCUCCUGUCUCCUGCCCAAAGCCUAAUUGCUGCUUCCCUGGAGUGCUCUAGGACCCUCCCAAAGCCUGUUGUCUCACUUAGCUGGCUUUGGGAAGGCAGGGCAAGGACUGGGGGGGUAGCAUCAAAUUUUUGCCUCCGUCUCUCCACCACACAAUACAGUAUGUGUUCUAUUGGUUCUGUGUCAAACUACUUUUGUGGUCUACUUUGUAUGGACAGUUGGACCUCACUGGGCUCUUUAGUCCAGCUUGUUUUUCCUUUUAGGCUUCUAUUCAUUCCAGCUACUGGGUGGUUUUGUGACCCAGCACUGCCACCAACUGGUCUUCUCUUGUCCUUGUCAGCCCAAAGACUGGGGAUGAACAAUUGCCUUAUGGCUGUACGUUUUCUGCUUCACAGGAACCAAGAUUGUGCCAUCGCUAAAUACAGCCCUCAUGUGGUCACCUUUGCACUGAAGGCAAAUGCUGGCAAUAGUCAGUCUUCAUCUGGAAGCAGUGCCCUAAUCAGGUAAGACUGAAGGAAGCUGCAGCCUCCACACAAUGAGCUUCUGGGCUGUGUUCUUACCCGGAACACCAUAAACUGUAUCACCACAGGAGGUCUCAGAAUCCAGGACUGAUUUUGUCUGCAGGAAGCCUAACCACAGAGUGCCAUAUGCCAUAGACUUAGAAACCUAGCAGCUACUGGUUCUUUUUUGCAUCUAUGGGCGGUUAGGGGCUGAUCACUAUUAACCCAUUUGAUCCUCAUACAAGUUCCAGGAGCGGGGACUUGCAAUGAGUUGGCCUCCGUGCUGGUUUCAGUCCCAUUGUGGUAUUAAUCUAGAAAUGUGCUUGUAUUAUUUAUAUAGAUAUGCAUAUUAUGCAUAUGUAGAAUCAGCAGUGGUGUGCCCACUUAAAUUACCAGUAUAAGUCUCCAUUUUGGAUAGAACCUUAAUGUUAAGUCAGAGAGGCUGUGAAAUUACAGACUCAGCCAGCAAAGAUUGGGCAAUAUCAAUGGGGUGGGGAGACUCACUGAGCAAGCAGAAAUCUUUGUGCAGGGCUUCCAGUGACAGAGAUGUAGGUGAAUCCCACCCCUAGUAUGUUUUCCUUUUAUAUCUAGUUGAAGAAACCAAGAGCAGGUUGGUAUGCGGAGGUACAGUCUCUCAAACAUCUUGGUGAGGUUCCUGGGCAUAUCAGCUCCAGUUUCUGUGGUGUUAAGUACCACCUGUAGGUGAGUUUCAGAAUGAGUUCCCUUCUUUUGGCUGAUAUGGACUUAAAGGGAGGUAUAGACCACAUUCUAGUCCAUUGGGUGGGGUUAAUUUCAUAGCCUAUAUCAUGCUCCCAUUGUUCUUUGAUUGCAUCAGUGUUGUGGGGAUUUACUUUAGUUUGUUUUGGAGAAAUGGGUGUGCUGUUGUGGGGAUGUUUUCGAUGGUGUCCCCAUGAAUUUUUGUUCCUCUGCAGUUAUGGUUGGCAGGGUCAGCCCUGUUAGGAAUCUUCUGAUUUCCUGUUCAGGUGGCUUGUGGGAGGUGUUGGCAUAAAAUUCUGAGGUUAUUUCUUUGGUGGUGGAUGUUAACACAACCGUCUUUUAUAGUGACACAGUAUAUACUUGUUUUGAGUGAUCCCCCCCCGCAUCUGUUUGCUAAUAGUCUGGAAUUCUUACCUCCAUAUUCGUAAAAGCAUUGUUUAGGGUAUAGGAUGUUAAUCAUUGUUUUAUUGAUUUAUGGAGAGUCAGUUUCCCUUCUUUUUUGUUCUAUGAAUUUAAGGAGAUUUUUGGCUCCUGUUUGUUUGUAGUGUGAUGACAAGGUUGAAAUGUCUUGUUCUAAUUUACUAAAUUUUGAGGAAGUUUGUUUUUUAAGGGAUGUCCUCUCCUUUAUGUAAGCUCCUCUGAUGACCACUUUCAUUGUGUCCCAGAGAAGGGGGGUUGCAAUGUCGUCCACAUCAUUGUCCUUAAAGUAGUUUUGGAGAGUUUUCAAGAGACUCUCUAGGUAGUUCGUUUGUGGUUAGGAUGGGGCUGAAGGACCAUGAUUGGGUAGUUUAUGCUUCCUCCCCUAUUAUGAGGGUUGCUUCUACUGGGGCAUGGUCUGUGAUUUUAAAGUUCUGUGUCUGAGUUCUAAGAAGCAUGCUAGUUCAGUUUGAUGAAUCCCUGUCCUGUGACAACCAUACAGAGAGGAUAGGAGUACAACUCAUUGAAAAAGACUAGGGGUCCUGGAAAGAAAAUGACUGACAUCCCCAACCAAAUUCUGUUACCUGAUCCUUGUGCCAGUGUCCCAUUCAAGCUUUGUUUAGUGCAGGAAUGCCCAGUUGCAGGCAUCAAGCCCGUCUGGUCACAGGAAAAUGCAAGUCUCACCCAAUUUCUGUUUCCUUAGGCCAUUAUUCUCCAGAACUGCUAAUCUGGAAUCCUUCUGUAAUAAACUGAAUAUUGCCCAUAUCAGUGAGGUAGCCUCUCAACUUCGGUAAGUUUUUGCUCUAUUAGGUUUUUUAUUUGCACAAAUAUUGUAAGAGGGAAGAAGGCACAAGAGGGUUACAGGUAUCCGUUGCAGGUGUCUGGAAGGCAGAUAUAACAGAAGACCUUGUGUCUGAGAACAGUAAACUCACUGCAGAGACAGAAGGGAAGCUGGGGAUGGCAUUGUGUGAAAAUGUGUGCAGAUGGACCCAAGCAGCUUGUAUUCUACCUUCUAACUCUCCCCAUCAUCUGUCUCCCAGUCUGGCCUCUACCACAAUCAUGAAGACAAGGAGGGGCAAGAGUCUCUUUCCAAACUUCCUCUGGGUACAGAUAUAAUUUCUAUGGCACGUUUUGCUCUGUGUAAUUGCAAGGAGUGAAGCAGAUCAAACAACAAUUGUGGCAGAACUUGGUGGGAAGGGCAUAGCAUAAAAAGGUGGGAACCUCAAGAGAAGGUCAAUAAGCAACACAGGAGUGUGGUGUCUAAGCCAUACAUAGUCUUGGCUCCCAGUGCAGUCUCCAGUGGGGAACACACAAAGGGCUUUGUAAAGAUUAUUCCAUCUUGUGCCACUGGGCAUCCUGCAAAUUCCAGGCAGUAUGUACAGUUAAUGAAGGGAGCUUGCUAAAGUCCACCCCAAGAAAUGCCAGAAAGUGCUCACCAGCCAGGAACUUAGGGAACUCUGAACAAGGAGAACAGCAGAGUACAAAACAAGGUUUAGAAACACUGUCGGCAUUAGAGAUACUUGUGCCUAGUUACGAACUGCUUCAAAGUAGCGUGGUUUUCUCUUCUCAUCCCUAGCAACAUGAGCUGCCACUGCAAGCAGAUGGUGGCUAUCCUCACAUCUAACUUUCAUUUGAAUUGCCAGCCCCCACAGUGGGAACGUAAACAAAAAGUGAGGAAGAUGUGGAGACACCAAGUCUGUAGUGCUGGCAAUUGCUUUCUGUCCCAAAUGUAUCACCUCCUUUGGGUCUCACUGGCUGUACCAUUUUUCCUAGAUCCUUGCUAGAGGAUGAGUGCUCUGAUCUGGAAAGAUACAUCCCCUAUUUACAGGUAAGGGCUGAACCCUUCUCAUCUCAAGGAGGGUCUCUAGAGUUCCUCAUAAGCAGUGUUUCUCCCAUGCGCUUCCAAGCAUCUGCUUCAAGUUUUGGCCAAUAGGUCUGUGAGACUGGUUUUUGUUGCCGCUUGGGUGGAGCAUCUGUGGCAACAUUUCCUCAGCCCUUCUAGACUAUUGUGUAAGAACAGAGGCAAGGCUCUGUGGAAUCUGACCAAAGCCCCAUCUAGUCUAGCACCCUGUUCUCACAGAUGCUUAUAGAAAACUUGCAUGCAGGAUAUCCCCACGGCACGUCAUCUAAGUUGGCACCCAUCCCUAUAUCUCAUGGGGGCAAAUUCCAUAGUUACUUUUGUUUGUCCUGAACGUUGCAACCAUCUUCUUCAUUGGAUGGACCCAAGUUCUAGUAUUACUGCUCUCAUGUCUUCCCUCCUGCCCACGUACAUAGGAGCUUGGUCUCAGAGCUGUAUCUACAAAGCUGUUCCCAUGGCUAUGGCAGCCUGGGUUAGAACAGGCCUUGGGUCAGAACUUUUGAGAGGAGUGACAAGGGUGUUUGGCUUCCAUACCAGUUCUACAACUGCCCAAAUAGCUAGCUUUUUUGUCUCCUUCCCAAAUCUGGGGGACAGGGAGCAGCUGAGGAAAGAUGUGAGUGGCAGGAAAACUGUUAUGAUGAUUUGGAUGUGAAAACACCAUCACAUUGGGCUGCAGGACUGCUGCAAGAGUACUUCCUGUCACCAGUGUCUGAUGAUGAUGAUGAUGAUUAUUAUUAUUAUUUUAAAAACACACCUUUGCAGCAGUACACCCAUACUGCUGAGAGCUGCCAAGUUAUGAAAUCACAGUGACUUGUGACUGCGGAAUCAGGGUCGAAAGAAUUGUUGAACUGCAGUUGGCAUGAUCAUCUAGUCCCAAUGAUCAUCUACUCCAACCUCCGGCAAUGUAGGCUAUCCACUGCUAGAGCAUCCCUGAGAAGUGGUCAUUUAGCCUCUCCUUAAAAACCUCUAGCAAAUGAGAGCCUAUUAAGUCAGCCCACUAAGUUUCUAAGUCAGCAACCUGACAGACUAUUUUCCAGAAGAAUAUGAAACGAGCGUCAUCAGCUGAAGGGACUGGAUAUGCUGGUGCCUAUCCAUUAGCUUUCUGCAGUGACUGGGGCAACUAGAAGGCUGGGAGGAAAAGUAAGGUAUUUAAUACGGGAAGACAUUCCAACACGAGGAAAACCUGUAAGCAGAGACAUGUACAUCUUUAAGAGAAAUUGUAUAGUUAAAGGCGCAGCUUCUUUCUUCUGUGUUGUGUUUCCUAUAGCAUUUUUCAUGUUCCACAGUGCCAACUGGAGGAGGCGCAUCAGCAUGCUACAGAGCUGCUAGAGGCAACACAUGAGCCCACCAUGGCUGGUAUGCAGAACCCGAGUCUCGGAUAAGGCCAGGCUGGGAAUUGGGGAAGGGAUGCAGCAUCAUGGUGCCUAUAGCCAUCAACUUUAGGCAGGUGUUGCCAAGGAGUGGCGUUUGCAAUGAGGCAUGGUCUCUUUGUGAGUGCCCAAUGCUCUUCAUGAUUGUUGCUUCCCCCAACCCCCAUGAAAUAGGGUCUUCUCUCCACAGAAUUACAAGAGGAGAAGCGUGCCAUGGAACGGGAUUUGCAGCUAAGCCAGCCUAAGCCAGGCACCAGCCCUUCCCUGAUGUCGAAACAUCUUGGGAGUAGCAGCUACCAGCCGCAAUUCAGGUGGGCCUGCAAGCACCAAAGCUAUGAUACCAUGAAGCUGCAUAAUAUUAUAACUGAGGGGUAGCUGUCAAACUGGCGCCUGCAGCAGAGAGGUGCAACCAUAGUUCAGGGUUGGUUUAUUAUUCUAUGGCAGGGGUCACCAACACAGUGCCCUCCAAGUGGGGCUGUUGGGAGUCUAACAUCUAGAGGGGGCAUCUUGUUGGCUCUUUGUGCUGUAUGGUCUCUAGCAUACCUGCCAUAUUUUAGGUAAAAAUUCUGGAGUUUGUUCUGUGCAGGACCCAUUAGUUCUGCUGUAGUGACUAAGGCUCUUCUGUCCUUGACGCUUUACACAGAAAGAUGCUUGGGCAACACCUCCUGCUUCUUGGUAACCCCUUCCUUUCCUUUCGCAGUGGCUUAAGAGGCUCGGCAAAAGGACCAAGCUUUGGAGAGAUCAGUCCGGCUUCUUCACCAACUCUCAGAGACCAGACUUCUCCUUUAUGCCAUCAGGCACUACCCAGGCGGGGCCACUCAGCACGAGGGUCCUAUGGAUGGCCGCAGCGAGAUGGUGAGGAACCCAACCAUGCCAGAAAGGACAAUGAUGUUCUGCUGCCCAGACCUGUGCUGCCAGUGCCUCUGAAAGGGGGCAGGAUUGCUUCAGCCUGCGGGCUGGCAGUAGCAGGGUUGGACCAUGUCUUCCACCCCACGCCUCCUACAGAGCCAUGCCCAGUGCCCCGCUUCUGCCCUCGCACUCGGCUGCUGCGAUGCAAAGGACCCAGCUAG